UUGGGAAAUGUCCCCAUUCUUGCACUUUUGAAAAAGAAGAUUGAAAAUUAAUUUUUUUUUCCUUUUAUGGAUUCAUCAGAUCGGAUCCUGCGGUGAGGGAAGCCUCUCUGAGAUUUUGUUUUGCUUUUUGGGUGUUUUGUUUUAAUUCACAUACGACAGAAGUGUGGAUUCUUCUCUCAUUUUGUACUCGAAACUUCACUUUCUUUUUCACACAUUUCCUCUCUGCAACGUUCUGAUUCAUUGUUUGCUUCUUGCUUCUAGUAGAAAAUGUAGGUCCCUUCUUUUUUUCCCUUUCUUUCACAUAGCUUUUUGUGUGUGUGUGUGUGUUUUUUUAAAUAGAGUCCAUAUAUUUAUGAAUCUUUCUGGCUCUGGUUAUUUGCAGCUUGAUAUCUGGGUUCUUAUUCUUUUGUGGAGAAUGUUGAAACCUAGUCCAUGCAAGAUGACUUUUUGAAGAUUCCAUUUAAGAUGACUUUUUGAAGAUUCGAUUUUUUCUCUAUUAUCUGAGCUUGAUAUCUGGGUUCUUAUUCGUUUGAAGAUUCCAUUUUUUCCCUAUUAUCUGAGGUGGUGAUAAUCGGUUUUUGCAGUUUCUAGUUUUUUAUUUGAUCUGGGUUUCAUUCGACUUCCCUGCCUUUCUGCUCUGAAUCUCUUAGUCUCUCUUUGUGCUAAGGAUUUUGUUUGACAUUUAAGCUUUAAUGGGUAUCUGGGUUUGUUUUUUGUUUUCAAUUUGGAAAUUUUGAAGCCAUUCAUAAGUGUUUUUACCUUUUGUUUGGGUUUAAUUUGAUAGGUUUUAGAUAGUUUUUGAUCCGAUUCUGAGUUAUGUUAUCCUAUCUGGUCAGAUUGAGAUUGAAGAUAUUUACUGUUCUUCUAAGAGGGCCACAUAGCCCUCUGGAGAUUAAUUUAUAUAAUAAAUGAUAGAUUGAGACAAUGGGUUCUGAAGGUGAUGCAGUUCAAGAGCCAAAUCUUCAAUCGUUGGCAAAGCCAGGCUCAAUGUUCAGUCUCACCCUCGAUGAGGUCCAGAACAAAUUGAGUAAUUUGGGGAAACCAUUGGGAAGCAUGAAUCUCGAUGAGCUUCUCAAAAGCAUCGAUUAUGGUGGUGCUCCCCAAAAUCAUUCAGCCUCGUCUUUGCCUGGGCAAGAGAGCCUCACAUUGUCCAGAGAUCUUAGUAAGAAGACUGUCUAUGAGGUAUGGAAAGAUAUACAACUAAAGAAGAAUGAUAAGGAGGAAGAACAAUGGACUAAUGACCCAGAAACACAAGUAACUCUUGGUGAGAUGACCCUUGAGGAAUUCCUGGCGAGAGCAGGAGUUGUUGCUGAUUCAUUUCUGGUGCCGCAGCAAAAUAACCAACAACAACAGAAUCCAUGGAUGCAAUUCCAGCUCCCUUCAGGACAGCAGCCUCAGCAACAGCAUGAAGAUCAUAUGAUGUCCGCUUUUAUGCCAAGCCAUUCGAUUCAACAGCCUAUGGCUUUGAGUAUGAUGGAAGGCCCUUAUGGUGAUGUUCAAAUGAAUAUGUCACCCUCUUCUUUGAUGGGCACUCUUUCAGAUACACAGUCAGCAGCUGGACGGAAAAGGGCUGCUCCUGGAGGAGACGUGGUUGAGAAGACUGUUGAAAGGAGGCAUAAGAGGAUGAUUAAGAACAGGGAAUCUGCAGCGCGGUCACGAGCCAGGAAACAAGCUUAUACGCAUGAGCUAGAGAUCAAGGUAUCGUGCUUGGAAGAGGAAAACGAAAUACUCAGAAGACAAAGUGAGUUGGAUAAGGUCUUGCCUAGUGCUCCUCCUAUCGAGCCUAAGCAUCAGCUUCGGAGGACAAGCUCAGCCCCUCUGAUAUUUUUCCAGUCACUACAUAAUGGUUAAAAGAUGCAUUAUUCAGGGGACUGCCGCUGGAGCUUCUCCUCUCGAGCUUUUUUGUUGCUUCUUCUGCUGAUAAUUGUCGUUGCUUGCCCCCAAGACCCCUCAGUAUGAACCAUUUCCUUGUAUGUACGUACAUUUUAUAGUUUCUUUUGGAGUCAUGAUGCACAAGGAAAUUUCCUAGUUUUUUCUCAUAUAAAACUGUAUUUCUAUCAAUUUUUGCUCUGGUUAUGCUUCUUCUGCUUUGCUUCUGCAUAGGCCAUUUUAUGCAAGUCAUUUGGAAUAACGUUGGUAAAUGAGUUUCAGCGUUGG